GCGGUAAUGGAGGAGCCAAGAGGGGGUUAGCCUGAGCCGCAGGCGCUGCCCGUGGGUUUCCCCCCCUCGCUUGCCUGUUGACUGCUCCCUUCCUAUGGCCUUCAUGAUGAUGAAGAAAAAGAAGUUCAAAUUCCGCGUGGAGCUGGAGCUGGACGAGCUCUCCUCGGUGCCCUUCGUCAACGGGAUCCUCUUCUGCAAGGUGCGGCUGCUGGACGGCGGCAGCUUCAACGGGGAGUCUUCCCGGGAAGUAGUGCAAGCAAACUGUGUUCAUUGGAAGAAGAGAUUCCUAUUUAUGUGCAAAAUGAGUGCAAGUGCCAGUACAGGAAUUUUGGAUCCCUGCAUCUGCAGAGUGUCUGUUCGGAAGGAACUAAAAGGCGGGAAGGCUUAUGCAAAGCUGGGUUUUGCAGACCUCAACCUGGCAGAGUUUGCUGGAUCAGGAAAUACCACUCGUCGCUGUUUACUGGAAGGUUAUGAUACCAAAAACACAAGGCAGGAUAAUUCGAUUCUCAAAAUGUUGAUCAGUAUGCAGCUGAUGUCUGGAGACCCAUGUUUUAAAACGCCUCCGUCCACAGCCAUGUCUAUAUCGGUUGCUGGAGAACCAGAAUCCCUACAUGAAGACAGGAAAGGUGGAGAGAACAUAAAAGCAUCACAUCUGAAUGUAUCAGAUCUUGCAUCAAAAAGUGCUUCUAUCCCAGAUGAACUUGGAGCAUGUGGACAUUCUAGGACAUCCAGCUAUGCAAGCCAGCAGUCAAAAGUGUCAGGUUACAGCACCUGCCAUUCCAGAUCAUCCAGCAUCUCUGAUCUCUGCCAUAAGAGAAAUACCUCUGCAGGAAGUACAUCAACAGGUAUAGGCAGUAUUCUAGAACCAUGUGAAGAGACUGAGUCCAAAAAAAAUGAUGAUGAUGAUUUAGAGGUGCCCCUGAAAGAUGCAGCCUCAGAAAAAUUCAACAGACAUCCAGUGAAACAGGAUUCUGUAGAGUCACAGCUGAAGAGGGUUGAUGCUACCAGAGUUGAUGCAGAUGAUGUUGUUGAAAAAAUAUUGCAGAGUCAAGACUUCAGUUUGGACUCAAGUGCAGAAGAGGAAGGGUUAAGACUCUUUGUUGGUCCUGGAGGAAGUACUGCCUUUGGAAGCCAUCAUUUACCUAAUAGAGUGGGAUCUGGAGCAUAUGAACAAGUAGUUAUUAAACGCUAGAAGAACUGGACUGAAAUGACACACUAAUUCUUGGGAGUUGCAGAAUUUGCUUCAUUCCAAAUAUUGUUGAAGAUGGGCUCUCCUGAAAUGCUAGUUUGCAGUUGCCUAGAGUUUUGAGUUUGCCGUAUUGAAAAUGCCUUCUUCUGUGUCUGCAGUGACAAUUUUUAUCACCUUCUGAUAAUUUGUGAACCAAUGUGAGAGUUACCUGAUGUUGGUGAAUUUAUUGCUUUGUUCUGUGUUAAUCAAAUUUCCCUUUUUGGAAAUGGGGCAAAUGAUACAUAAUUGAACAUAGUAUGUUGAAAUUACUCGUAUGUGUGAAAUUGCAUUCAACAGUGUGCUCUGUUUGCUACUCGGGUUUUUUUAAGCCUUGAAAGUAAGUCUUGGUCACGAAGCAUCUGUUUCAGCCUGGGUUUUUUCCUAGAGUUAAUCUUACCUUUUUUGUAUUCGCUGAUUGUUUCUGUCAGAACACAACGUAAUAUGGGAACUGCUGGUUCAAGAAAAUGCAAGCCAGUUGAACUUAUGGGAAGUAAGAUUAAAUACUGUUACAGAUGAUCAUAACUUUAAGGCCAAGUUGCACGGGAGAAGGGGGUAGUCUAUUGUUUUAAAGGCACGACGGACUCUGGCAAGAUUUAUUAAGAUAUGCAUACACUGAUUACUGGUUACAGUAAAGCAUUCAGUGCCAACAGGGAUACUUUGUGACCUUAAAACUAUUUUUCAAUAUUAUAAGGUUGCAUUGACUGAUGCUUGGUCCAUACAAAAAAUAAGCUACAUCUUUAGGAGCUUAUUAAGAACAUUUGACUUCAUAGGCUAUUCUGUGGUGAAAAUCUGGGAGCAUGUAGCAGUAUGAUGUUUAGCUCAUAGAGUAUUAAAAUGAAUUGUUUAACAAUCAAAAGAGUGCCUUGUUCCUGAGGGGGUGGGGAAGUGCGCUAAACUAUUUUUAUGAAGCUAAGAACAACCAGUGAACAGCUGACUGAAAACUACGUCCACUUUUCUACAUCCAAGAAAAGCACUUUAUGCAGCAAUUUUUUUCAUCAAAUCUGAAAAUCAAACUUUUUCUCUUUGUUAGAAGAUUGCUGACUUGGGCCCAGUAUGAAUGAGGUGCAACCAUAGGCAUAUUAAUUUACUUGUGAAGUUGCACCCUGCAAUUUGCAUCACAUUCAAAAGGCAUUUGCCUUAUUCAGGGUUGUACAUGCGCAUGUACAGGCCAGCACAUGCAGCAAGCCACCUCUUAAAUGUGGAAGAAGCUUAGCUGCAUACUACUGGCUCACACUGAAAAAGGACUUCAUUUAUGUCCGUUAUUUCACUGAGUUCUUCUUGAACAGCUUUUGCUGGUUUCAGUGGAACUUAUGCUGGGAUUUGUGUCCAGUAUUUAAAGAUUUGCACAAAUGAAAUAGUGCAGUAUAUCUCUGCAUUUAUUCAGAAUUUUUCCCUCUAGCAAACUUAUUUUCUAAUACUGUACAACCCGUAUUAUUUUUGUGAAGGAAUUUUCUGGGCAGAAAACUGCCAACAACUCAGGAGGGUUAUUAGCUGUUAGUAAUUUGCCUUUGAUGUCAUUACGGUUGGUUACUGGAAUUGAUCAGUAUGUUUCAAAACAAGUUGGGGUAUGUUAAAUUAAACUACACUUAUUUUUACAUACAGUGAAUGGAACAGCUGAUGUUUUUAGUGGUUUCCUGAAAUCAGUCAGUGGUCCAUUUCUUUUUGAAGAAUAUAAUGGAAGUCUUAAGCUAAAUGAAGAAAAUUGUUUUACAUUUGUGAUUUAGUUUUAUAAAUGUGCAUAUUGGUGAACUGUUUUUAAUUUAAAUCAUACAUGUGAGCUAUUAAAAUUAGAACCUUUCCUUCUUUAUUAUGGUAUCCACAAAUAACUUACUGCUUUAUAAGCAUUUUAUUGAAAUGUUAAGUUUCAGCACAAGAAAAGUCAUUUUUAGAUUCUGCUGUUAAAAUAAUGUAGAAGGAAUGCAGAUUAGUUUUGAAACAAAUUGUUGAGCAAAACUGAACUUACCAUCAGCGUAUUUAGCUUUUUAAAAGAUCGCUAAGGGAUAAUGUUAGAAUUUAAGGAAAGUUGCCGGUUUCUGAAAAAUGUCAAUACAAGAUGUCUGAUUUAGGGAGACAAGUUGGCAUGAGGGGAGAAAAACUAAAACUGAUUUUAGGUCACUUAACUCAGUAUAAGAAAUGGUCAUGUUACUUUUAAAGAAAAGCGUGUUUACAGUCUGUAGUGUUGUAAUACAAUCAGCUAGAUGUUCCAAUGUUUAUGGUUGUGCAUUCAAAUGCAAUGAUGGUUAUUUCCUGUGAAAAUACACAUUGCCAGAUAGUUGAAUUGUAGGAAGAUAAUUGGCGUCUUGUACCCAUCACGUUAUUAGUUUUUUUUCCAAAGUCCACAUGCAAGUUCAAAAAGUCAAUGAAAUGUCCGAAUGAUUAUCAUGUACUUUUGUCAACUUAACCAUUUUCAUGAAGUGAUUCCGUUUGUGUCCCUCUACAACAUGGAAAAUGACCUUCAUAUUUUAAAUGGCAUUUCCUUCUGUACAGUAAUAUCCUAAAUUGCUAAUUCUUUAAGCCCAAUUUUUUUUACCAUAAUAUACUUGAUGUAAAAGAAAUGAUCUUAAAAACUCAAUAAAAAACUUUAA